AUUUCGGUUUAUUUUUAGGAUUGAAACUGUUCAAGUAGUGGAUCGCGUCAAGAGGAUAAACCAUGUUGAAUAUCAUGUUGAUCGAAUGCUGAUUAGCUCAUAAUCGAAGAUGAUUUAUGUGAAAUUAUUUUUACAAAAAUAGAUUUGGUCACAGAAGAUCAAACCCAAUAUUGUUUAUGUUGAUGGCGGUUUUGUUACCACUAGUAGGUAGGAGUAUAUCUUUGCUCCGUCGGCAUCUUCUGUGAUGGUGAUGCCACAAUAUCCAACUUCCAGUUAGAGAGAGAGAGAGAGAAGAGAGGAUGGGGAACGUGUUCUGCGUGGUGUGUGGAUGCGUAGACCAAGCGAGCGUUGGUGUGGUGGAGAGGUGGGGACGCUUCGAGAAGAUCGCGGAACCUGGUUUCCACUGCUUCAACCCCCUCGCCGGCCAAUUCCUCGCCGGUAUGCUCUCCACCAGGAUCAGCUCCCUCGACGUCCGCAUCGAGACCAAAACCAAGGACAAUGUCUUUGUGCAAAUGCUUUGCUCGAUUCAGUACCGAGUAAUUAAACAAAAUGCUGAUGAUGCAUUUUACGAGUUGCAAAACCCCAAGGAACAGAUUCAAGCUUACGUCUUUGAUGUUGUCCGAGCCCAUGUUCCGAAAAUGACCCUUGAUGAACUCUUUGAGCAAAAAGGUGAUGUUGCUCAAGCUGUCUUGGAGGAACUUGAGAAGGUGAUGGGAGCAUAUGGAUACAGCAUAGAACACAUCCUGAUGGUUGAUAUAAUACCAGAUGCCUCUGUGCGCAAGGCAAUGAAUGAGAUCAAUGCAGCUCAGAGGCUUCAGCUUGCAAAUGUAUUCAAAGGCGAAGGAGAGAAAAUUCUCCAAGUGAAAAAAGCAGAAGCCGAUGCUGAAGCCAAGUACCUAGGAGGGGUUGGCAUGGCGAGGCAGAGGCAGGCAAUAACAGAUGGCUUGGGAGAGAACAUCUUGAACUUCUCUCACAAGGUUGAAGGAGCCUCUGCCAAGGACGUGAUGGAUCUCAUCAUGAUCACCCAGUACUUUGACACGAUAAAGGACCUUGGGAACUCAUCGAAGAACACCACCGUGUUUAUUCCCCACGGACCUGGUCAUGUUAGGGAUAUCAGCAACCAGAUACGCAAUGGUCUGAUGGAAGCAGCCAGUGCUAAUACCGACAUCGAAUAGAAUUCCUGAUUUUAUGAGUCAUGCCCGAAUGUGUCUUUGCUUUUAUGGCAUCUAAAUACAAGUGUGUUUUACCGUGAGUAGAUUCAAGAGGAAAACCAAGAGAAUUGAGUUGAUUUGGUAUGCUUUAUAUCAUCAUGUUUUGGUGCUUAUACUUUUGGCAAAUGAGACUCACACGAGUAUAUAAAUACGCUUUAGGGUUUGUAUAAGUUUACUUGCUGUGUGAGGUGCACUAAUGUAGAUUUCAUAACAAAUAUUUCAUGGUGCA